CCUCUCAGUGUAGGGCUGCUUGUUGUCUGCUCACUCUCUGCCCGCCCUCUGAAGCCUGGGUUAUGGUGAAGAAGACAGCCUACCAGAACCACGCUGCGCCUCCUCCUCCGGCGCCUGAGAGGAGGAGGGUCCAGUGUUUCCGCUGCGGGGAGAUGUGUAAGGGGGAGGUGCUGAGGGUCCAGGCGAGACACUUCCACCUCAACUGCUUCACCUGCACAGUGUGUGGCUGUGACCUGUCCCGCGGGGGCUCCUUCCUGCGCAGCGGGGACUACCUCUGCACGCUGGACUACCAGCGUCUGCACGGGACGCGCUGCCAGGGCUGUGGGGAGUAUGUGGAGGGGGAGGUGGUCACCGCCCUGGGGAAGGCCUACCACCCGGCCUGCUUCGUCUGCACCUCCUGCAGACGUCCGUUUCCCACCGGUGACCGUGUCACCUUCAACAGGAAGGAGUGUCUGUGUCAGCACUGCUGUAUCCAGCCCCACCCCUCCGUCUCCAACGACAUCUCCUUCUCCAACAAUUGUGUGGGCUGCGGGAUGGACAUAAAGAACGGCCAGGCUCUGCUAGCGCUGGAGGGCCAGUGGCACCUGGGCUGCUUCAAGUGCUCCACCUGCCACCGCCUGCUGACCGGGGAGUACAUCAGCAGAAACGGACUGCCCUACUGUGAGAGAGACUACCAGGUCCAGUUUGGGGUCCAGUGUGACGCCUGUAAUCAGUUCAUCAUGGGCAAGGUUUUAGAGGCUGGAGAUAGACACUUCCACCCAAGCUGUGCUCAAUGCUGCAGAUGUGACCUUCUCUUCAGAGAAGGAGAAGAGAUGUUCCUACAAGCCUCCGUCAUGUGGCACCCCGACUGCAGGAGCAGCAGCAGUGGAGACACCCGCUCCAGGGCGACCAGGUCUUCGACGGAGAGCCUCUCAUCCCGGCCGGGCUCCGCCGUGGCCACCUCCCCAGGUCACUGCAUCUACGCUAAAGUAGACGACCAGGUGGUUGAUUACCGAGACUUAGCCGCCCUCCCGAGAGUCAAGGCCAUCUUUGACAUCGAUAGCCCGGACUUGCUCUCCUACGGAACCUUCCAUGAGACCAAGAGCCACCAGUCCUCCAAGCAGGACCGGCCCCUCCCAGCUCAGUAUCAGCCAGCAGGAGUUUCCUCUCCUCCUCUGAAUGAGGUCUCUCCUGAGAGAGGGCGGAGGAGCAUGGGGCCGGGGUCUAUCCACCGCCACAGCUACACCCCCAGUGUCUCCCCACAGCACUUCCACCGACCAGAACAUCAAGACAACCUGUACAUGAAGCCCCCCAUUUACAAACAGCAUGACACGCCUCCAGCUGCCUACCAGACCUCCUCUCUGCCUGGCCACGGCCGGCACAGCGGCUUCUUCUGUCAGCAGUAUGGAUAUCCAUACAACCAGUAUGGAUACGCAACGGAUGGAACUACUGGUUCCGAGGUGAGCGAUCCUUAGUGGUACCCGGUCAUGGGAACAUGUACUUCAAAACCAAGUGUUCCCAUUGGCUGUUCAAGGUAAUGCUAACAGACUAUCCCUGCUCGUCGUGUAGCUGAGCCGACCUGCGUUCUCACAGCUGGACCGUGGUCUGUCCCUGCCCAACCUCCUGGAACACACUGUGUACCCCUAUGAAGUCCUGGCUGGCACCCCUAGAGGGCGGGCCAAACUCCCCAAGAACGUAGACAGGACAAGACUCGAG